AUGAAGACUGCACCCAUCGUCACAGCGGUACUCAUCCUUCAGCACGCAGCUUACUGCGCCUCCGCCGGGCCUGCAGAUGUGGGACAAUGCUGCCCCCUUCCUCAGCCGGUUGAUCCGUGGGCGCUCGAUCUUAACAGUGUCCUCGCGACUAUCACGACCGUCACCACCUCAGCCAUCGCUGGUGCGACGGUCGUCUAUGCCAUCAGUCUGGACAGAACCCUCAGGCAGAUCGCGGCCGAGCUGAGCAGAAAUCACGGACUGCAACCCGCGUAG